GCCGAGACGCCACCGUCGCUUCUGUGUGAUAACCACUUUACAUUUGAUGCUCUCGCCUUCGAUGUUGUCCCACCUCCCUCCCUCCCUCAUAUCCCACGGCUCUAGCACCAUCUACGUGUCACUACCAUCCACCACCGAUCUUUUACACCUCAGCCAUCCCUCUAAAGCCGCCCUCUAAAAUCUACAUUUUGUGCAGGAAAAUGGGUGGCGGGGUACGUUCCGUUUUUUCCUUCAGGGUGGUUUAACAAACCCUUGCCCGUGCCACUGCACCUCGUUAACUCCCGCCCUUUUUAUCCCCGUCCUCUCACGUAUCAACACUUGCCGUGCCACUCUCUCCCUCCCGCCUUAGCUAAGCUCCCAUCAAUUCGCCCCACCCGAAAGGGGCAAAGGAGAAAGCCACUGACUCCGAUGGGGUCGCCGCGAGGACGCCGCCGCGGCGACAAUGGCCGCCUCCUCCUCCUCGCCGCCGCCGCCGUCGUCAUUGCCUCGCUGGUCGGCGGCGGCGCGGCGCAGCCGACGACGUCCGGGCCCGGCCCGAACUACUUCAACCCCAAGAGCUUCAACCCGUCCAUGGCCGUCGUGAUCGUGGUCUUGGUCACCGCCUUCUUCUUCCUCGGGUUCUUCUCGAUCUACAUCCGGCGAUGCGCCGGCGGGCCGUUGGGUGGGCCCGGGGGGUAUGGCGUCGGCGGCGGCGGCGGUGGACGUGUGGGUGGUGGGUUCACGUUUGCGGCGGCGCGGUCGAGGAGGGUGAGGGGGCUUGACCCCGCCGUGCUGGGCGCGUUCCCGACCAUGGCGUACGCCGACGUGAAGGCGCACAAGGCCGGCAAGGGCGCGCUCGAGUGCGCCGUGUGCCUCAGCGAGUUCGACGACGACGAGACGCUCCGGCUGCUGCCCAGGUGCUCCCACGCGUUCCACGCCGACUGCAUCGACGCGUGGCUGGCGUCCCACGUCACGUGCCCCGUCUGCCGCGCCAACCUCGCCUUCGACGCCGGCGUCCCGCCGCCGCCGCUGGCGCCGCCGCAUGCGUUGACCACCGGGCAAGAUGUUGCGGCUGCGCCGCCGCAGCCGGCGGCGCCAGAGCAGGUGACGGUGGACGUCGUCGUCGCGGAUGCCGAGGAGACGGAGGAGAGGAUCAGGAGGGAGGAGGCGGCCGAGCUGAUGCGGAUCGGAAGCGUGAAGCGCGCGCUGCGGAGCAAGUCCGGCCGCCGGCCGCCGCAGUUCCCGCGGUCGCACACCACGGGGCACUCGCUCGCCGCCGCCGCCGCCGUGCCCGCCACCGCCGACGACGCCGCGGAGCGGUACACGCUGAGGCUCCCCGAUCACGUGCUCCGGGAAAUCGUCACCUCGGCGAGGCUACGCCGCACGACGAGCCUCCAAUCGUUCCGCACCACCGCCGCCGCCGGCGGCGGCGCCCGCGCCGGGAGGAGCGUCCGGCUCGGCCAGUCCGGGAGGUGGUCCAACGUGUCGUCGCUGAUGCGCACGUUCUCGGCCAGGCUGCCGGCGUGGGGCUCCGCUCGACGCGGCGCCGAAGCCGACUCUCCGGGGAAGGACGGCGCCAAGGUCGCCGGCGACUGCACCGCCUCCGUGGAGCAACACUGCGACGGCGGCGGCGGCGGCGCGUGCCCACGUCCACUUGGUGACCAUGUAUGAUGACGUGUCCCGCUGAUUGUUAGUCAAAGUAUUAGAAGUACUCCACUAAUAUUAGGAAGGCGUCCUUGUCGUCACCGUUAAUUCUCUUCUCUUUUCGGCGGCAAUUUGUGUGUACAUAAAGUCACAAAACUUUAUUCUUCUUCGAUUACAAAGUCGCAAAAAAAAUUAUGGUUGGUUGAAACAAUUUUGUGCGAUUCUAUGCUUCGUUUGUAAUUAGGGGUACACCAUUUAAUUUCAUGAUGAGCUUUGUCCUGUA